GUGGGUAAACUUUAAAUACAGCGGAAAAAUUAUCUCAUCUGAGGAACAACGUGGUCUGUCUGCUGCAGCUAAAAAUUUUAGUCACUAAUAGGGGUUGUAUUUGACAUCCACACUUAAAGAAAGGAAUAUAUGUCUAAAUUCAAGACACUUACUUUUUCCGUUACGGUUUAGUUCUAAGUUAUUGUCCUCGAAAAUAAAUAUGCCUCUAAAUAAACACAAACUUGAUUUACUUCCAGGUAUACAUAUCAAUAAAACUGGUUUUAAAAUUGAUACAUACUAGAAAUUGUUCUCAAUGCAUUUGCAUGAUGUGUUUGGGGGUGAAAUGAUAAACCAUUUAAUGUUAAAAUUAUUCUCGUUAAUAAAAGGCUCAAUUAAAAGCCAGAACCAUGUUAAUUAUUAAAUAGUUUGAGGACCACAUUACUACAUCAGCAACAGAUUCGCAUUAUGUCACUUGACUAAAUAUAGCGGCCUUUCAAUUUGUAUACGUAAUUUGGUGACGCUCUCUUUUCUUUUAUUUGCUGUUUCUUAUUAAUAUACAUUCACAUGUACGCAUGUCGUUUUAAACAUACAUUUUAGUUUCUUUCGGAAAUAUUACAAUAUCAUGGGAAACUCUUAUUUUUAUAAGCAAAGGUCUACUCAACAGUUGGGUCUUUUUGUAAAAUUAAUCAAAUAAAAGGAUUUAAAAAUGCUUCGUCACAACGCACUAACUGGUCUACCCACAUAUAAAUUAAUUCUCGGUUUUGGGUUAUGCACUUUGGGUGGUGCAAUGUUAUAUGCCUAUUUCAAAAACCAAGAUGAAGAUAAGGAUGUUGCUGAAAAAAAAGGAGUCACACAAAAGAAAAAGAAGCCACCACAGUCAAGUAAACAAGAAGAGAAGGCCAACAUUACACUAGAUAUAUCGAAUGAGCACAUACCAUUAUGUGUUGGCCGUGGAGGAUCCAAUUUAAUCUCAAUUGAACAGCAAACGCACACAAAAAUACGCUUACGUGAUAAAAAUGACAAGUACAAGAUCUGUGAUAUAAGUGGAAAUGCCGACGGUGUUAAGCAGGCGCGCAUACUUUUAUUAAAGGAAAUAGAGCGCGCGCCCCUUGUGAAGGAAGAGAUAUGGGUGCCACAAAGUGUAUGCGGAAAAAUUAUGGGACGGUGCGGCGAAGCUAUGCAGGAAAUAUGUCGCAUUUCUCUGGCUAAAGUUGCAGUAGAUUCAGGCUGUGGCCGUAGCGGCGGGGCCAUGGAUAAACGACGUAUCCUCAUAACAGGCACUCAGCAUCAGGUAAAUAUUGCACGAAAAUUGAUUGAGGAAAAAAUUGAAGAAGAUGAAGAACUCCGCCGCUCCGUUGAAGAAGUUGAAACGCGACGCGAACCACGACGCUCACCUACGAAUAGCAUCAACUCAAGCAUGUAUUCAUCGCAAACAUCAUUGAGUUCACACUUGCCGCCUCGCGAUAAAUUACUCGCCGCUCGUAAUGAAGAUAGGCCCAUGGAGGUUUACGUUUCUGCGAUAGCAUCUCCUUCCAAAUUCUGGGUGCAAAUAAUAGGCCCACAGUCCAAGAAACUUGAUGAUAUGGUACAAUCCAUGACAGACUAUUACAAUGAACCGGAAAAUAAAGCUCUUCAUCAAAUCAGGGAACCGUACUUAGGACAAAUUGUGGCAGCUGUUUUCAAGUAUGAUGGCAAGUGGUACCGGGCCGAGAUUGUAGGUAUUCUACCAAAUCAGUACAACCCCAACGAAGUAGUAUUAGAUCUUUAUUUCGUCGACUACGGGGAUAGUGAAUACGUGUCGCCACAUGAAGUUUUCGAGCUGCGUACCGAUUUUUUGACGUUGAGGUUUCAAGCAGUUGAGUGCUUCCUAGCUGGUGUUAAGUCUACAUUAUUGCAUGACUCAGAUACUUGGGAUCCGCCUGCUAUUCAGAAGUUCGAGGAACUUACACAAGUUGCAAAUUGGAAAAAACUUAUUUCACGCGCAAUUACUUAUAAAGAGCGACCAAAGGCUACAGCUGGCACCGGUAUUAUACGGGAAAGCUCACCUAUUCCAGGGGUUGAGCUUUUCGACCUAACCGAAGGUGUAGAAGUAAACAUUGGACAUAUGUUAAUUACACAUGGUUUCGCUUUGCCUGCAAAUGACCUUCCAAGAUCACGAUCACCAUACAAUACCGUUUCUUCGGAGGGGUCAGUAUAUCCGCCGACAAGUACUACUUCACCUCCAUCUUCACGACGUAUCGAAAAUUUGUCAAAUAGUAAAGGAAACGUCUCUCUAGAGGAACAGUUAGAACGUCCAGUUACAAACAACAAUUUGUAUUUAAAUAACAUUGGUGAAACGAGAGUCACCGCAUUAAGUGUAGGAGAAGCGGCAGCUAAACGCGCGAAAUUAACAACUUCUGAAUGUUUUAAUGAAAAAUUUGAUGAUACUUCAGGAAUUGAGAAUCCUCAUUUGAAUGGAAAUUUAAACAGAUAAGAUGGAACAUAAUGUCGAUACUUAUUAGUUUAAGGGAUUUAUCUUUUCAUGUUUCUAAUUUUCGUUUUAGUGACCAUUUAUUUUGAUAUUAAAAGCUUAAGUGGGCCAAAAAAUAUUUAUGGUUUUGUAAAUAUUUGAAUGUAUACAUGGAAUAGACUUAGUAAUUGAACAAAUUAUUAUAGUUUAUAUCACCAUUCAUCAUUUUUGGGAAAUAUCUUGGCAGAAUUAUUGUAUAUCUAUAUAAAUAGAAAAUGAUUUUAUUACAGUGGCCCAAAAUAAACUGAAAAUAUUUGUUAAAAUUUGUUAUGAACGAAAAUUCACGUUAAAUCGUUGCCUAAAAGCGUAACUUAUUAUAAGUUUCGACUAUUUGUUAAAUAUGCACAUGAAUAAUGUACGAAAAAUAAUAGUAUCGUAUGAAGUGCAUAUAUCAUCGUAUAUGUUACACCUUAUGUACGUACGCUGACGCUUAAUAUAGCGAAAAUAAAUUUUACUUUUUAAAACCACAAAA